AUGCUUACUGAAUCAUAUUCAUUCAACUGUUUUGCAGCAAUCUGGUGGCUAAGGAAUAGAACUAACCCUCCUCGAGGGGUGGAAACCAGACAAACCCAAUUAAUGAGAAAAAAGAAAUAUAAAUACGAGGAAAAAGAGAAUUUUUAUACCAAGCCUGUAACUCGAUCAAGCGGAUUACCGAAACCUCCUGUUUGCAAAACAUCACUCGUAGCUCCGAAAAAGAAACGGCAAACGAGAAAACGUAAAUACAUUACCACUGAUAUUGUGUUAACGAUUCGAAUUGGUGCCACUACAUGGUGCUCUAGAAGAGUUAGAAAGCGAACUUGGAAAUGCACAGAUGAAGACGACUUCAUCACAACCUUGAGGAAACGAAAAAGAAAAGUAUUACUCUGCGUUGGUGACGACGUAGACGAAAAGGAAGAUAUUAUCGGGGAUCCAUCAUAUGGGAAUAGAAAGAUGAAGCGACGAAAGAAGAAGAAUGAAUGUAAGAAGAAGUCGAAGGAACUAUCUGACUUCAUUGGUGAUGAUGAUUACGAGGUCGAUGAGAUCUUGGACAUCAGAGCUGACAAUAUGACCAUCGGCUGUCUAAUCAAAUGGAACCAAGAUGGAAGCGAAAACUGGGAAAGCUUGACCUUAUGUAGCUGUGAAGCACUAGUAGAUGCCUACUGGCAAAGUAGAAUCGCCCCCUGUACCAAGUACAGAACGCGGGACUGUGAUAGGAGCUGCAGCGGAUGGAGUCUAGAACAUGAGAAAUUCAUGAAUAUCUGCUAUGUUUUAGGAAAAAAUCUGGAGUUGGAGACAAGUAUCAAACGUGAGAAGCCUCACACUCCAUACCUGAAGUUACUUGACAUCCGUCGCAAUGAGCAUGACUUGUUCUUUUUGGUUGUUGUACGUGCUCGGAAUGGUCGGAAUGUCCUUCAUUGGGCAACGAAAAAUGAAAUGAAUUCUAAAGACAUUCCGAUGAUCCGCAGAUUUAUGCGCCAAACGAUAAGCCGUCUGUGCUCCGUUCAUUCGCAGUUUCUACACAACUGUCUUGAAUUUUUCAAUGAUAUACCAGAAACAAUGAGAGUCUUCUAUAAAGUGUUGGAUUUGAUGUAUCCAUUCGUAUUCCGAAACAUUCCACCGGAGUAUGAAUUCUGUGAUCCAACCGAUAGAGAAGGAGAAGAAGAAGUGAUCGAAUACAAGGAUUCCAUUGAACCUGUAGUGUAUGAUUGGGACCCAAUCCCAUCUGGAACGAUAGCCCGGAAUCUGCUUUACUACCCACAUUGUGACUUCUUCUCACGAUUCUCUUCAACCAAGUUGACGCACGUGGUGCUGUUCAAUCGAGUCAUCUAUGUCGAUUCAAGCAUCGUUAUGUUUGAAAUAGGCAAGAGAUGUUCUUCUCCGACAGAUACCACCGAACCCUGUGUGUUCGAAGUCGAAUUUUCGGAUGACUUCUUGAGCAUGUUCUGUAGUAGAAGAGCUCAUUCCCAUUCAGCUGACAUGCAAUCUUACCGAACGACCGAAGUUACGGAGUUCGAAGAUUCUAUGUUGUCCAAGACUAUGCUAGGACAGGACAGCAGUGUGGGAAUGAAAGCUUUGGACAUAUCAGAUGAUAGUAUGAUAACAGUGGAUGAGCAACUUGAAUCUGAAACUGUCACAGAAUUGGUUCUUUCUGAUUCGGAUACUAUGCUAGGAACAGAAGUUGUCUCAGAGUCAGAAGAUUCAUUAAUAUUGGAGGCUGAUGUAGAGGAAUGUGAAGCCUCUUCUUCGGCUAUGAGAGAUUUGGAAACAGAAAUAGGAACAGAAAAUAGGCCUUCAAAUACGCCUGAAUUAGUAGACGAAGAUGAUGAUGAUGAUUCAGAUGUUCUUGUGAUAGAUGAAGAAGAACCAGUGCUAGACCUUGCCGUAAUGGCGAACGAGUGGACAGCAGAGGAUCGCGAAAUGUUACGAAGUAUGUCCGAAAAUGGUGUCUUGGCAUUGGUACGAAGUGUGAAGAAGAACUCUACUCAAGCUGCUGCUGAUGCAUUUGCUAUGUUGGUCUCGUCAAUAAAAACUAUGGACGAGGAGAGACCCUGCAGCCCACCAUUCAGAGUAGUCAACGGCGAGACUUUCUUAACUCAUUCAAUUGUUAUGAACAUCGGUGACAUAGUCAGACGACUGGGUAAAAUCAAGAAAUGUUGGCUGGCUAGACAGAAGAUUAUUCGAAGACUUGCCCUCGACGAUUCUGAGAACUCAAUAACUGAGGACGCUCUUCGUGGACGGAAGCGUUUCAGAACUGGGUUCGACCUUUCCUCUCCCACACCAUCGAAGCGCCGUGCUCUUUGCUUAACUGAAGCAUCGACCUCGUCGGAUUCAUUUCUUCCUGAUUUGGAUGAAAAUGAUGAGGUAGAGGCAGUGUUCAGAACAGCCAUGAAAACGGGAGCUACAAUAGAAGAGAUCAGUGUAGCACUGGAAUUCUUCAAUGCGCAAGCUGAAAAACUAGCAGGAAGGACAAAAUCUAGGGUGAAGGAAUCAAACUCCAAUCUUGACUACCUACUCGAGAGACCGGGACCGUCGGAAACUUCUGACGAGGCAUCUUCUUCCAAGUCUGGGAUGUCAACGGGACAAGGAUAUCGCGUAUCCAGAACUCAAACAGUUCCAUGCGAUAUGCAAUGCAAACCGAGUACAUCGCGUUGUCAUGAACCGGAACAGACUGAGAUGAUCUGGGGUGAGGCAUUUGAACCAGCUAAUGAAUCAAGCUCUGUGAAAUUAGUGAAAUCUAGCACCUCAAGCUCUAUGAGUAGAACCUGUAGUUUCAAGUUCAAUGAAUCGGACAGUACUAGUACAUAUAGCGUCGAAAAGCGGAGGAAACUUAGUGCAUCAGUAUAUGAGACAGCUGGACCUAGUACGUCUGAGAUAGCACGAAUAGAUAAGUUCAAAGCAGGAAGCAUUGAAAAAAUCAAUUCAUCUAUCUACCGAGAGCAGAAGAUAACUAACACCUUAAAAAUUUCUCAAACUGAAGAGUCGCAAACAACAAACUGUGACGAGUUCGGAAGAAAAGAGAUUUCAUGCUCAGUAAAAUCAGAUAAGCCGACUACGUCGCAGUUUAACAUAUCGGAAAUGCUGGAUGUAGCAGUAGAUGAACAGAAGAAAUCAAGUACCUUAGGCCAAAAACGAAAAUUCUUCAAUAUCGAAAGUAGACCUCUCACACCAUGCUCUGAGGAACAAGAAAGUUUGUCAUCAAAAUCGAAUGAGUCUGUGAAAACACAAUCAUCACAAGAAGCUUUGAACAAUAGAGAUACGAGGCCUUCUGACAUGCCGACAAGUUUCGGUCCUCUCCAUGUGGCAGUACCUGACAAACAAUUCCAACCAAUUUACACAGUACCAAGCAGCCCCAUUCCACCUCAGUUACCUCUACUGAACAGACCAGGACCACCCUUAUUGUAUUCAUCAGAAAAUACUCUUACUGCUCAGAUGAAUGCAAUGUGUGUGCCAGGCCCUUCAACUUCAUCUGAUCUUUCAAGUCCAGUGAUUCCCCCUAAAUCGUUGUGUCAAUUACCCAUAGCUGAUGUACUUAGUAACGGAACUGUCUCACAAAGCUCAUCAAGCACUUCUAUGGUCAUGUUUCAUCCAAGUAAUGACACCACGCAUGCUUCUAGUCCGGAAAAGGUGUCUGAACAACAUCAAACAGUCUCCGGCUUUUCUGCAUCUGCAAUGAUGAUAGCAAGAUGGUCAGGAAAUGUAAAACAGACUUCGAGCCAAGUUUGCGUAACUCCUCUGCAUUAUAAUCAGCAACUAGGAAACAUCUCAGCUCAGAACAUGGUACAAUCGCCAGUGAAUGAAACGCCUGUCAUGCCCUCUCCUGCAACGACUACGCGGAAUCGUAACAGACGUACUGCAACUACCCCUGUGAGGAGAAAUGCUAGGACCGCAAGCAAGAACAUGAGAAAACCUUUUUCGAGGCCUUCAACAUCAAUGGGUUCACCUGAUCAUCCAUCUAACAGUGGUUAUGGCUUUCCUUCAAAUUCGUCAAACACUUUCAAUGGAUCCCACUUAGCGGGCAGGGUUACAUCAGGAGCAAUGGUUACACCUGGCAAUAAGAGCAACACAUCAUCUGGCUCCAAAACGACCUUGUUCAGGCCUUUCGAUAAUCCUGAAGAAAGUGCUAACCCUGUGGUUUCUGGAACGCCGUUAGUGUUCAAUCACUUCGAAAUGUCCAACACCCCAAGCACUUCUUCAAUCAAUAACUCAAUGAGCUUACUGGCAACGAUUACUCAAAAUUGGGCGAGUACAACGAUGAGCAAUCCAGUUGGUUCCUUGCUACCUAGUAAUUCUGAUAACCAACCUGGGCAGGCGAGCUCCAGCUCUGGACCAAGUAGAACAAGCACAUCAAUCUUUCCAGUUCCAGGAGCUGCAGUCUUUCAAGCCUUAGGGAACAUGAACUCUCUUGUCAAUAAUGGCUCAUUCAACAUAGCAUCACAGUAUAUGUCAUCGGCGCUUAUGACUGCAGCAGCUUACCAUGUCAUGAACUCAAAGAAAUCUGAGAAUCCAACAGAGUUAAGAUGUUCUACUUUCCGGACUUCCCAUACGUUUGCCUCUUCCUCCUAUUCAUCAUCAUCCUCUUCAGUGCCGGUAUUCCCUCCUUUCAGUUUCACCUCUGCGAACUUACCGCAUGGUGACAACCAAAUGAUUUCUUUAUCAAAUUUUAUGGGCCCCAUGUUAGAUGUAGCCACAAUGAGCUCAUAUUUCUCAGGUGGUUCUUUACCCCCCAAUUUUUUCCCAAAUCCUGACGAUACUUCUAACAAUAGAGAUUAA